UCUGGUUCAAAAUCUGACGACCCAAUGAGCAGCACCCAGAGUGCCAGGUCAUCACCGACGAUCAGAUAGAGUAGCGGAUGAGAUGCCACUUCGCUCCAGUGUACCCCAUCAUCGUCUUCCUCAGCUACGCCCCUCCAAUCUCCAAACUUCCAAAUCAAUCAAGAAAGGGAGACAAAGCUAGCUACGGCCGGUGACAAUGCCGCUCUGCAGCUUCUACGCCUCCACCACCCUCCCGGUCGCCAAGCCCCACUCCUUGCCCUCCUCCGCCAAGCUCCCGUCCACCGCCGCAGCCGCGACCACGACCGUGCAGCCAACAACAAGCCCGGUCCUGGCGGCAGCGGUGACCACGUUACCAACUACAACCGCGUCCACGGCGGCGGAGGUGCUGUCGUUGCACCUGCCGGAGCUGCCGUCCUCGACGCGGGACAAGAUCCUGAGCCUGGAGCUAAUGGGGGUGGACUACGGGCGCGCGCUGUCCCUGAACCCGGACCUCCGCGACGCGUCGCCGGAGUCCAUCCACGCGGUGGUGACCUUCCUCCAGUCCCGCGGGCUCCACUUCAGGGACCUGGGCCGCGUCUUCGGCAUGUGCCCCUCCGUGCUCACCGCCAGCGUGCGCGCCGACCUCCGCCCCGUCUUCGCCUUCCUCACCGACGACCUCGGCGUGCCCGACGACGCCUACCGCCGCGUCGUCGUCAAGUGCCCGCGCCUGCUCGCCUGCAGCGUCCGCGACCAGCUCCGGCCGGCGCUCUUCUACCUCCGCCGCCUGGGGUUCCGGGACAGCCGCGCGCUGGCGUUCCAGGACCCCAUCCUGCUGGUGUCCAGCGUGGAGCGCACCAUGGCGCCCAAGCUGGAGUACCUGCGCACGGAGCUGGGCAUGUCCAAGGACGAGGCGGUGGCCAUGGUGCUCCGCUGCCCGGCGCUCUUCACCUUCAACGUGGAGCGCAACUUCAGGCCCAAGUUCGAGUACCUGGUGCAGGAGAUGGGCGGCGGCGUGGAGGACGUCAAGGCCUUCCCGCAGUACUUCACCUUCAGCCUCGAGAAGCGGAUCGCGCCCCGGCACCGCGCAGCUGUCGAGGCCGGCGUCGACCUGCCGCUGCCCGACAUGCUCAAGGCCACCGACGACGAGUUCAGGGAGAUGCUCGAGAAGAAAAGGAGCUGAUGAUGAAGCAGACGCGGCGCCACCGCCGGCAGCUGAGCGAACGCGCCAUCGGCCGAGCUCUUGCACGCA